CUAUGCUUCAAAGUUUGGAUAUAAUCAACAACUUUUUUCAUGGAACUAUUCCACACCAAAUUGGUAACUUGUCCAAAAUUUCUAAACUAAAUUUGAGUUAUAAUCUUUUCAAUGGUUCCAUUCCACAAGAAAUAGGUGCACUAAAAAAUCUAAGUCACCUUAAUAUUGUAAGUUGUAAGCUCACUGGUUCCAUUCCCUCAACAAUAGGAAAGUUGAUAAAUCUUGUUGAACUUGAUCUUUCAGCUAACUAUCUCUAUGGUGAAAUCCCUUCAAUAAGAAACUUGAUGAACUUAGAAAAACUUGUUCUCUACGGAAACUCUCUUUCUGGACCAAUUCCUAAGGACUUGGGAAGAAUCUCUUCACUUAGAACAAUCAAAUUGUUACAAAAUAAAUUUUCUGGCCCAAUUCCAUCAUCCAUAGGAAACUUGUCCAAUUUGAGGACACUUUUGCUAAGUAAAAAUUCUCUUAAUGGAUCAAUUCCUUCAACUAUUGGAAACUUAACAAAACUCAUUCUAUUGUCACUUUGUGAAAACCAACUUUAUGGAUCAAUUCCUUCUUCCAUAGGAAACUUGGUCAAUCUAGAAAGGCUUUGCCUUUCACAAAACAAUCUUUUUGGACCUAUUCCUUCUACUUUUGGAAAUUUGACAAAACUCACUUUUUUAUUACUUUACAUGAACAAACUCAAUGGUAGCUUUUCAUCAUCGAUGAAUAACAUUACCAAUUUGCAAAGCUUACAAAUAAGUGACAACGAUUUCACUGGCACUUUACCACAGCAUAUUUGCCUUGGUGGAUCACUUACAAAUUUUUCAGCUAAUAACAAUCAUUUUAGUGGUUUAGUUCCAAUUAGCUUGAAGAAUUGUUCUAGCCUUGUUAGACUUAACCUUGAAGAAAACAUGUUGAGUGGAAAUAUUUCAAAUGAUUUUGGUGUAUAUCCAAAUUUGAGCUACAUUUUUCUGAGUCACAAUAACUUCUAUGGCCAACUUUUAUCAAAUUUGAUAAGUAAUAAUCUCAUUGGUCUAAUGAUCUCACACAACAAUUUAUCAGGUACUAUACCUCUAGAAUUAGUUCAAGCACCUAAGUUACAAUCACUUCAACUUUCCUCAAAUCAUCUUAUAGGGAAAAUUCCUAAAGAACUUUGUAACUUGACUUCAUUGUAUGAACUCUCUAUAAGUGACAAUGAACUUUCUGGCACUAUUCCUAUAGAAAUAGGAUCCAUGCAAGGACUUCAAAUAUUGAAUCUGGCAGGAAAUAAUUUGAGUGGCUUAAUUCCAAAACAAGUUGGAGAUUUGCUCAAAUUAGUCCAAUUGAAUUUGAGCAUUAAUAAGUUCAUGGAAGAAAUUCCACUUGAAUUUAGCAGAUUGCAAUCUCUUGAAAAUCUUGAUCUUGGUGGAAAUUUGUUAAGUGGAGAAAUACCAAAAGCACUUGGAAAGUUGCAAAAGUUGAACACAUUGAACCUUUCACAUAAUAAACUCAUUGGGACUAUUCCAUCAAAUUUUGAGGAUAUGAUCAGCUUGACAAGUGUUGACAUAUCUUAUAACCAAUUACAUGGUUCAAUUCCUAAUAAUACAGCAUUUCUUAAGGCACCAUAUGAAGCAUUGAGAAACAAUAAAGGCUUGUGUGGUAAUGCCUCAAAAUUGUUGCCUUGUCAUGAGUUAAGUCACAAAAAAAGUAAAAACAAAAGUGUGGUCUUAGCACUUUUUAUUACUUUGAGUAUUCUUUUUCUUUUAGCCUUUUUGGUUGGAGUGUCUUUAUGUAUUCAUUGGAAAAGAGCAAGAAAAUUCCAAAAACAGUCUACAGAAGAAGAAGAACAACAAACUCAAGAUGUUUUUUCCAUAUGGAGUUAUGAUGGAAAAAUGGUUUAUGAAAAUAUCAUUGAAGCCACAGAGGAUUUUGAUGACAAAUAUCUCAUCGGCGAAGGAGGUUCUGGUUCAGUUUACAAAGCUAACUUACCUUCUGGUCAAGUUGUUGCUGUGAAGAAACUUCAUGCAGAAGUUGAUAAAGACAAUCAAAAUUUCAAAGCUUUUACAUAUGAGGUUCAAGCAUUGACACAGAUCAAACAUCGUAACAUUGUGAAGUUGUAUGGAUUUUGUUCGCAUUCGCGCCACUCUUUCGUGGUUUAUGAGUUCCUUGAAGGAGGGAGCUUGGAUAAUGUGCUAAGAAAUGAGACACAAGCAACAAUGUUUGAUUGGAAAAAGAGAGUGAAUGUUGUUAAGGGUGUGACAAAUUCUCUUUACCAUAUGCAUCAUGGUUGCUCUCCUCCUAUUGUUCAUCGCGACAUAUCAAGCAAAAAUAUUCUUUUAGAUUUGGAAUAUGAAGCUUGCAUCUCAGACUUUGGAACAGCUAAGAUUCUUAAUCUUGAUUCACAUAAUUCAACAACAUUUGCAGGCACUUAUGGCUAUGCAGCACCAGAGCUUGCAUUUACUCUCAAAGUGAAUGAGAAAUGUGAUGUGUUUAGUUUUGGAGUGCUUUGUUUGGAAAUAAUCAUGGGAAAGCAUCCAGGAGAUCUCAUUUCUACAUUGUUUUCAUCAUCUGAAGCACCAAGAGCAUAUAAUUUGCUAUUGAAAGAUGUAUUAGACCAAAGACUUCCAUUUCCAGAAAAUUCAGUUGCUAAGGAUGUGAUUUUGAUUGCAAAAAUGGCAUUUGCUUGCUUGAAUGAAAGUCCACGUUCAAGGCCAACAAUGGAACAAGUGUAUAACAUGUCUGUCAUGUCAAAAUCACCAUCAAUGGAGACAUUCCACAUCAUCACUCUUGGACAACUUCUAAAUUAGGGAACUAAUGGUUACUUGUGUUGCAAGCUUUUCUCUUGUUUUUUUUUUUUUUGCUACAAAUAAUGUGUUUCUAAGUUUUGUUGUUAUCUUUAUCUGGCUAGUCUUGAGCUUUAAAUUACUUUAAGAAAAUAAAAUUUGUCUUGUGUUGUAACUAUUAGACGUGUGUUUGAAUAAAUAACUUAGUUAAGCAAA